CCCACUUGCAUCUUCCGCGGUCUUCCACAUGUCGGUUGAGUGUAUAUGUGAGUGCCUGGAAUAACUGACACAACAUCUUGAGUUAUUGUGAUUUUCUAAAUGCCUCUUGUAUAGCUGGCCCUGAGAAGAGGCUUAUUGAAUUGGUUUUGUGUAUUCUUACCUUUAAAGGUCCCCCUUUCCCCCUUGUUUAAGAGCGUCUGGCAUUGGGACAACUGCGACUUGCUCAGCAUCUAGCUUAAUCCGGUUGCGGUUCCUCGCUUGCCUACCUUCCAGUGACGCUUCUUGACCAUGGCUUACUAUAUUCUCUACCUCCUGACGCUGUCAGUGGUUGUUUGUGGCACUGUGCUUUACCUCACCCGCUCGCGGUGGUUACCUUUAGUUCCAGUCCCGGACUAUAUCUAUGAUCGCCUCCCGUCCAGUUUUGCUGGCGAUAUUGAAGCAGGCCUGAUGUCUUCCGAGUUCGACACCUCCGCUAAUGUUGCAGAGGGCGAUACUAGAGCGGGGUUAGACGACCAGGCCAAACGCCAGAUUUUGAUGAUCAUGCGCCGGCAGAGAGUCGAUUUCAAUGAGGCUCGUCGGAUUUACAUGCAGAGCCACUUUUCCAAGAACAAUAUUGGCCCUGAUGGCCGACCCAGAGACCCGAAAUUCGUCUCGUUUUCUUAACGGCGCCAGCUCCGAUUUGAUAUUUAUCGUAUCAGUCUCAACUCUUCAUAUUGGGUGGUAACCUUGGGUUAUGUAGGCUUUUUACCAUCUGGCUUUCUGAUUAUCUACACUUUCUUGUCGUAAGGUUGCUCGAUAUUUCAUCUAAAUUGCCUUCUGAUCUCCAUCGAUCUACGUUGGCGAUGAACCCAUAGUUUUUGUGCACUCUACAUGUUGUAAGGGGUCACGCUAG